UUAAGGCGGUAAAAAACAUUUGAAAUCGACAGAAAUGUCUUGCAUGGAUAAGCCACAAUCACUUUUAAAGUAACUGCGGGACGACGAGCUCAUUCUUGAGGAGAAAUUUCAGGAGAUGAUCCGUAUAAAGAGCAAGGAAGUAAUGCAGGACAACGUAUAUUAACUUCUGAACUGGAUCGAGACAGAGCGACCCUGGAACAUCAGGUUGUUCUGGAUCUGCUUCUUCAAGGAAUUCAUCAUGACCCAGUACCCCACUCUGAAGCGGCUACAAGUCUCUCUUCGCUCUCUGCCGAAUGGGGAAAAUGCGGAGAUCUGGACGUUGGAUAAGUACAGGCACCAUCUGCCUAUUACCUGUGGUGACAAGCAGGGGACGCUCGACCGCGACAAACUGGCAAAAGUGGAGCCGUGCAUCCGGAGCAACAACGAGUGGUACACACCCAUAGAGUUUGAGAAGCUGGCCGGCAAGGAGAGCUCAAGAAACUGGAGGCAGAGUAUCCAUUUCCAGGGCCCCCCGUUAAAAGAGCUAUUGGAGCACGGACACCUGACAUGCCCGGGAUAUAAUAAGAGCAAGGCUAAGAAAUCAACGCUCCCCUGCAGCUCAAACACCGUUUCAGCUAUCUCUGAAAGCGAAGAAGAGAUGGAGGAAGAGGAGGGGGAGGAGGAGGAGCUGCAGGCCAACCCGGAUGAGGAGGAGGUCGGCAUGGAGGACGAAGUGGAACUGCAGGGGAAUGACUGCUCUACGCAGCGCUCCGAUACAGACCAAGGAGAUGAUCUGGAGGAAGUGACAGACGAGAGGCCCAGGGUCGGCCAGAAUGAGUUCAGAGUGAUAUGUGGAGCUCUGAGUGGGAUGCUGCACAAGAGCCGCUUUGCCUCAGGGAGGUGUGGGAACAGUAUUCGGACGGAGGACCGUUGGAUGAGUCCAGUGGAGUUCGUGGCGCAGGGUUCAGCAAUGCCUAACGCCCUCUGGAGGAGGGACAUCAAAUGGGAAGGACAGCCGCUCAGCAGUCUCAUUAAGAGGAAGAUGUUGGUGUUACACUCUGAGCUGUGUGACUGUCCACUGUGCCAUACAGAUCCUCAAGCCCUGGAGGAACAGAAGAGCGAUGAAGAUUGCUUUUUCUCGUGUGGGGGACUGGGUGACCUGGUGAUGUGUGACCACUGUCCACGCUCCUUCCACCAUAAGUGUCACCUGCCCCAGCUGGACCCCUCUAUAGUGGAGGACGACCAUGAUUGGGUGUGUACGUUCUGCAUCUGGAAUAGGUAUACGUAUCUCCCUCGAACGACGUACGAAGAGACCCUCAUGAUUCCUGUCUCCAAACACAUGCUGCCGUGCCACUACCUGCUCCUGUCUCUUAACCAUGUAGACAAGGAUCACAUUUUUGCAAAAGAUCCAUGCAUCGAUGUGAGGGGACACAGCUCUCAAAUCGUGACUCCUAUGUGGCUGGACAAGAUCACAGAGCAGCUCCUAGACCAGCAGUACACCAUCGGAAUGUUAUUAACCGAUAUCCAACUCAUUUUCUCCAACUGUGAUAAAUUUAACCAGAAUAAACCAGAGUUCCGGGACAUGGGAAUCAAGCUGAAAGAGUUCUAUGAACAAUUUGUGGAAAAGGUUUUUCGCAGGCAGUAGCAGAGAAAUGCAACGUGCUGAUGGACCUUGGACAUGCUAGAAUUAAAUGCGUGGAUUUGUCACCGUGCUGCGUUUACCACGUUGAGGAACAAGGCAGUUUAGCAAUAAGAACGGGUAAUCGUCUGUGUGAAAGGCAUAACAUUCCUUACUUUAACCUAAAAUAACUUUUUAUAAUGUUCUGGUCUUUAAUGUAUAGAAUUAGGGCUGUCAAAUAUUAUCAAAUGGAAUGACACAUUAUCAUUAAUACAAAAUAUACUUCAUAAAUAAAAACUAGACCAAGUGAU